AUGUCCCCCCCGGCAGGACCAGGCCUGCUAUCAGUGGCCGACAUGCUUAUUGCCGCUGAUAAGCCAGAUAGGCUAAGAGAUGAUGCAGGUCCUAAUGGUAACGGGACUAUCAUCCAACAGCGUAGCGAAGCUGAGCAGGGGAAGGGAAGCAUUGUGACAGGCAGAGAGGAGGAUGGGCAAUCACAGAAAGUUGGCUACUAUUUUGGGAGCAAUAAUACCUACGGUCUCGGUUUGGGGGGGGUGGGCUUAAAGUGGCCAUUUGGACCACCACGAGUGGGAAUUGAAAGGCGUCAGUCACACCUGGAGCCAGGUAUCUUGUGGCAUUUCUCCCACACGCUCAUGCCAUCGCGGCCUCCUAUUGGAACAUGGUCAUCUCCGCAUUUACCAGGCCAUUACGGUAAGACGGCCGCCAAUGUUCCCACUCGUGCUCAUGUGCCCCACGCACUUACGCCUUUUUUGGGCUCCGCGGCCGACGUGGUGGGGCCCGGUUUUUGGCUAGUCCGCCCGCCGAGGAGGGCUCCACCUCCCGUUGGUCUCCGCUCCCAAGUUUCUCAUUCGGUUGGUACUGAGAUGUGCACCGGCGCCAAUCUGCUAUUCUUUGCCGCCCCAGACUAG